GUUUAUCUGGGAACCAGCAUUAACAACACCAACAAUGUCAGCCUUGAAAUCCAACGCAGAAUCACUCUUGCCAACAGGUGCUACUUUGGACUGAGUAGGCAAUUGAAAAGUAAAGUCCUCUCUCGACGAACCAAAAUCAAACUCUAUAAGUCGCUCAUUAUUCCCGUCCUGAUGUAUGGCGCUGAAGCGUGGACGAUGACAACAUCCGAUGAGACGACUCUUGGGGUUUCCGAGAGAAAGGUUUUGCGCAAGAUUUAUGGUCCUCUAAACAUUGGCAACGGCGAAUACCGCAGACGAUGGAACGAUGAGCUGUACGAUUUAUACGACGACAUUGACAUAGUUCAGCGAAUAAAAAGACAGCGGCUACGCUGGCUAGGUCAUGUUGUACGGAUGGAAGAAAACACUCCAGCUCUGAAAGUAUUCGAUGCAGUACCCGCUGGAGGAAGCCGCGGAAGAGGACGACCUCCACUCCGGUGGAAAGACCAAGUGCAAAGUGACCUGGCUUCACUUGGUGUUUCCAGUUGGCGCCAAAAAGCAAAAAGGAGGAAUGAGUGGCGCGCUCUGGUGGAUUCGGCUAUAAUCGCUUAAAGCGGUCCCUACGCCAAAUAUAUAUAUAUGUAUAAUGCAUCUUCUUAUUGUUAUUGUCCGUAUCGAUCGUUCAUAGUUUUAUUUGUGACUUAAUUAUGACACUUUAUAGCCAUUUGGUUAACUUCAUUUUGUGUUCGUAGCAAUUCUUCGCCCAUCUAGUCCUAUUCUAGUGCCAAAAAAUAUGUGUACUAAGUUUCAUUCAGAUAUCUCAAUUUUUACUGAAUUUCAACUCGUCCUGAUCCUGAUCAUUUCGAUAUAUAACUCUACAUCUAACUCGUUUAGUUUUCGGUGUUACAAACAACUGUUAUGUUAUUAGAUUAUAUUUUGUGCAACAUGUUGCGAGAGUAUAAAAACAUAUACCCCCAAUUUACCAACAUUUACAUUAUAAAGUCAAUCACAUAUGUAUAUACAAAAUUAUUAUAUUUGCUGUAUGGAUGAUACUUGAACCAUUCAACAUGCACAGUUGAUUUUAUUAAGAUAUCUCACAUUUUGGCCGACAUUAUUUACAUAUUGACCGAUAUGAUUUACAUGCCAAAAUAAUUGUACUUCCUUAUAUUAGGUUUAUGGGGAAUAGGGAAUAGUUUCCUUUAUGCUGGUAAUAUUUUCAAUUUUGAAACAAAUUAUGCACUCAUUUUGUUAUCUAAACACUAUAUUUAGACGAAAGUGAGGUAAAGACAAUAAACGCAGUUUUCUGUAUACGAAGAUAUAAUGUGUAAUGCAUAUAAUAAUGCACAUAAGUAGUUUUCAUUUGGUCUACUGAGAUAUGUAAUGUGGUUAAAACUUAUGAUUGUACUAGUACUGGAUAAUAUAUUUAAACUAGUGUUUUAGUCAUUCAUUUAAAACGCAUUAAGGCUCGUUCUCAGCAGAUAACACAGAAGCAAAUAUAUUUUAAUUAACAAACCUCGCUUAAUUGUAGUAAAACAUGCUAAUUAAAGCAACAGCAAUAUUUAUAUUUACACAUGCUUAUAUUUUUGUAUACAGCCAAAUAGAUAACUGCAAGUAUCUUAAUAUGUCUUUGAAAGCCUUUUCGACAUUUUUCUCACGUUACAUUCCAGCUCAACCGAUAACGGAUAACCCUGAACCGAAACAAAAAAUAUGUAUAGUAAAUUGCCAACAGAACCUCAAGACAGUCGGUGGAAAAUCGUAUUCUCAACCAUUCUCUAUUUGUCAUUACUAUAGAAAAUUAAAAAAAUAAUUUAACAGUAGCUUUAGUGGAAAGUCACAAUUUGUGCAGUGAAUAAGUGUUUUCUUUUUAAUUAUAGUAUAUCACAUUAACAACGGCAUGAGAACACUGAUUGCUAAGCAUUCUACAAACUUUUUGUCAAAGUGUAAUUAACCGCCGUCGAAUCAGCAGCAAACGCGAAGACCACCGCUGCGCCGUCAAAAAUGAGGGUUCGCAAAAUACCCUUACCAUUACCCAACACAGGGCUGAUGCAUCGAAAAAGGAACACCUAUUACAUACGUGUAAUUAUUGGGGUAGCUCUCAUCGUCUUCGUACUAAUGCAGUUGCAUGUCUUUAAUUACACCGAUUCUCGUGAAAUGUCGAUGAUGGGUGAACCAACAAAUGAUUCAAUGGACGCGAUGCUCUCUAUGGUGCCCUCGGUACUGCAUAAGUUUUUAACGCCCAAAUCUAGAAAUCAGACCGCAGCAGCGCACAUGCAACACAAUAGUACCAGUGGCGGCAAAUAUAACGGGUCCUAUACGGAUUAUUAUCAUCCGCCGAAUAUUUCGGAGAUAAAACAACAAAUAGCGAAAUACAAUGAACUACAAAUAGUUUUAAAUGAGGACACUUACGGUCCACUACAAAAUGAUUCUGUGAUAAUCGUAGUACAGGUGCAUACACGUAUAACUUAUCUACGCCAUUUGAUCGUUAGUCUGGCGCAGGCUAAGGAUAUUUCCAAGACUCUAUUAAUAUUCUCCCAUGACUAUUACGAUGAUGACAUCAAUGAUCUGGUGCAAACAAUUGACUUUUGUAAAGUGAUACAGAUAUUCUAUCCCUACUCAAUACAAACUCACCCGAAUGAGUUUCCCGGCGUCGAUCCAAACGACUGUCCGCGCGACAUGAAAAAGGAUCAUAAUAUUAUCACAUUCUUCAUAAAUAGAGCUAUAAUACGUAAGUGCAAUAACGCGCUAUAUCCCGAUCUAUACGGGCAUUAUAGGGAAGCAAAGUUCACACAGACCAAACAUCAUUGGUGGUGGAAGGCAAAUCGUGUGUUCGAUCAGUUAGAUGUGACCCGUUAUCAUACUGGUCUGGUAUUGUUCCUAGAGGAAGAUCAUUAUGUGGCUGAAGAUUUUCUUUAUCUUCUCGAAAUGAUGCAGACGUCAGUUGGCAGUCUGUGUCCGCAAUGCGAUAUACUCUCGUUGGGCACAUAUUUAAAAACAUUCAAUUACUACACAUACAACAGCAAAACUAAUAAGAAAUCCCCUAGCAGUCAAUAUGCUUCCUCGCUGCUAACUUCCAGCAAUUUAUUAGGAUAUAAUCGCAAUAAAAAUAGAAAUUCACUGCAAAUGUCAUCGCACGCAUCGUCAUCGUCAUCGUCCACAUCAGCUGCGAAUAGUUUUAAUCAAAAGUAUUUUAACGAAAAUAAUAAAGACAAAGUGUAUGUCGGUGAUACAGUCACCAACACCAACACACACAUCACUAACAACCACAAUAGCAUUACCACUUCCACCACAACCACAACAGAUAAAAGCGCCGCACAGCAAUCGUGGAGUUAUCACGUGCUACCAUCACUAUAUUCUAUAUACCAGAAGGUCGAAGUGAUGCCCUGGAUAAGCAGUAAGCAUAAUAUGGGUUUUGCUUUCAAUCGCAGCACCUGGUCUACCAUACGAAAGUGUGCGCAACAUUUCUGUUUCUAUGAUGACUACAACUGGGAUUGGUCGCUGCAUUACGUGUCCCAGCAGUGUUUGCAGAAGAAGCUGCACGCAAUGAUAGUCAAAGGUCCAAGAGUCUUCCAUAUUGGCGAAUGCGGUGUCCAUCACAAGAAGAAGAAUUGUGAAUCCAAUCAAGUGAUAGCGAAGGUGCAACAAGUCUUACGUAUAGCGCGUAAGUCCAAACAGCUUUUUCCACGUAGUUUAUCGCUAACUGCGGCGAGUUUAGUGAAGAAAACAAAAUUGCGAAAAGGUAACGGCGGUUGGGGCGAUCGUCGGGAUCACCAAUUGUGUAUGAACAUGACGAAAUCAAUGAAUGAAAGUUGAAUUAAAACCAAAUAACCAGAAGAAACAAUAAUAAGUAAAUUUAUACACAGAAUAAUCGCAUAGAAUCACCAAAAAUUAUACCGUGUGUAACGGCUAGUAAAAUACAGACUUUUAACCAAUUAGAUUACUUCUAGAACAGCUUUUCGGGACACUGAGAGCAUUCCACAAAUUUGAAAUUUUGUUUGUUUAUGUGGAAAAUUCCUUAUAGUUAUUAUAACAUUAACUAUAUUCGCGAUACCAAAAAUCACUUUUACAUGUGGCAAUUUUUUGUAGAAAAUUUUAAUCCUGAAGCAACAAAUGUUGCCGUGCAGAAAUAGUUCUUUUUUUAAUUUUUUAAUAUUAUUAUCGUUUUAUUUUUAAUUUAUUAAUUAUUUCAUUUUUUUUUAUUUACACAUAAAAAUGUUGAAUUCACUAUACUGAAAAAUUAAUUAUUUUUUAUUAGAACUAAUUACGUUUCCAGACACUAAAACUGUGCAAAUGCAGAGUGCUUUAUUGGUUUUUACUCUAAAUAAUACAUAGAUAAUAUUUUUAUUUUCAAUUAACAUUGCAGAUAUAUUAUUAAAUGAUGUCCAUUGGUUACAUAACUAUUAACACUUUUGCUUAAUUUUUUUUUUUACUUUUUAAAUACUGUUUCUGACUUUUUUCUCUCUAAAUACUGUUUCUACGUUUUUAUAUUGUUAUUAUUGUUAUUUUUUUUUAAAGCAAAACUGAAUUAAUUUUAAGAACUUUUUCGUCAAAAAACAUUCGCAUGCCAUCAAAUUACAAAAAAAAACUCUUAACUGCUUUAUUAGUAUACAUUUUUGCAAACUUCUUAGAAUAUUUCUAACAUUUUAUUUAUUAUUCUACUAAUAAAACUUAAUUAACAAAUUAUUGCAUUUUAUUUUAUUUCGUUUUUUACCAAAAAGUCUUUUAGUUUUACUAAUACAUUAUUUGAGUAAAUUCUUUUUGAUUUUUAUAUUUAUGUUAUAUCCAAUAUAUCACGAGAAGAAUAAAGUACAUUUUAUCUAAAAAGUGUCUGUAGUCUAACUUUUUAAUAAAUACGUGAGCUAACUCUAAAAGAAAAUUGAAAAUCUGAAAUAAAAAUAUUUAUUCAAAUUAUAUGGCAAUGUUUAGUAACGAUCUAU